CUGUGCUUCCAAACCUAUCUGUAUCUGAGGUGCUUUUUGUCUCUCCAGACAGAAAAAUGUCAAUAGGAAAAAAAAAAAAAAAAACAGUCUGUCCUAAAAAAAUGCAGCUCAGUAACACUUUAAAAAUGCAUAUUUUGACUUGGCAGAUCCUGUCAAUCCUGUAGUGUGUUACCCAGUUCCCCCCACCUAUGUAAGAGGGAAGAUGAAAACAGCUUCCAGUCUAGAUCAAGCAGUACCAUAAAACCACAUAUCUGGCACUUGAAUUCCGGUAGUCUCCUGAAAACUCCACAUACCCAACCACAGGUGGAGCAGUACCUGUUAAUUUUCUGGGUUCUGCCCUUUUCACCUUCCUCUGAUGUGUGCUCAAAUUAGACAGUACCAGUUUUUCUUCCUUGAUUCAGCAUUUCCCACCUGAGUGAGGGAGCCAUUAUUCAGCAUUUCCCACCUGAGUGAGGGAGCCAUUGAAAAAACUGAAAACAACUAAACUAAAUCCUUCUGCUUGUAAAAUCUAGUUUCUUUUUGCUACAUACUUUUCAAGACAUUUUAGAUUAAAAUACUAAUUCGUUUGACUGAAGUUGACGGCAAUCGCCCUUUGAUUUUAGUUGGGACCGGGAUUUUGAACACGUAUGUAUCUAUCAAAAUAUUAAUUUUUCAGUAAGCCAUCUUUAAAAGUAUGGAGGACUAUUUGGAGAUAAAAGCUGAAAGUAUUUGGGGUAACUGCAGAGUAACAUCCAUUCUUUUUGUACUGUUCUUGUGUCUCAGUGUAUCAAGCAUCACGUCUGAGCAGUGCAGGUGGUUUCUAUGCAGGGGGAGUUUAGGACGAGCCAGGUGCUGUACUGCUGCUUUUGCACUGAGGUGCCAGCUUGCAAGGCAAGAGAUUUGAAGCAAAAAGGGAUACCUAUAGGGCCGUCUAGCUUGAAGUUUCAUUUUAGGAUCUAAAAUGGAGGCAAAUGAAGGAACGGAGAUACGGUUUCUUGUCGACAUUUGUUGUUGUAGUGAUGUUAGACUGGCAUAUUACCAUGUUCGGAUUGCACAUUAUCGUGAGCUGUUUGGAUAGCUUCAUUUUCUGGUUCAGCUGAUGCAAUUUGGGAUAUUCAAAGGGAUGAAAGCGGCCCACGUGCUGCCGUGACUACUUGUGUGGAAAGGGACAUUUUGUUGGUUAAGUCGAGGCAGGGUGUUUGUGCAUAUGCGUGCUCUGUGUGUCGGGGUUCGCGCGGGCAGACCCCGGCCGCUCCCACACGCCGGUGCCAGGGGCUGGCUCCCGGCGCUGCUCCCGCAGGUCGGUCACGAUGGCAGCCAUCACCUGUGCCAGCCUGGGAUUCUAGACCCAGGAGUGCCCACCCUCGCUCCGGUAGCGGCCAGGCUCUUGCAGUACCGCCGAGGAGCGCGGGGAAAGGUCGGGAAAAGCCCCGCCGCGUCCCCGAGCGCCGCGUCCCGCAGCUCGCUGCCCUGCGGCAGGCCGCGGGCAGGGGUCCGGAGGCCGCGGGUCCCGCGGCGGCGCUGCCAGCUCCGGGUUUUGGCGGCAGCGGCGGCGCCGGGGCCGCCGAGCGGGGCGGGCGGGCGGGGGCGGCCCGGGGCGGGGGGCGCGGACCCCGCGGCGCCGCCCGGCCCCGGCCCCGCAGGAUCCAGGUAGAUCCGUCCGGCUUUUACCUUUCUCCUUCGGCUUCCCUGCGCGUAGGGCUGGUAGCGGGGCCGUUUCCUGGUCUCGCAGAAAGAGGCAGUGCUGAGUUAGGAAGACAAAAAUAGACCUUUACAGAGAAAUAUAGGGAUUGUGUGCGCGGUGGGGAGGGAGAGCGGAGAGCGGCACCCGGCUGGUUUCCAGGAGGAGCCCUUUUCUCCCUCUCGUUGCAUGUUAGGCAUUUUUGCACAGCUUUCUCCCCCCACCCCCUCCCCGCCGGGGCAGGGUUACCUCUGCCGCCUGCUCUCCGCAUCUCUGGUGGGGAGCGAAGCAGCCAACUCCGCUGCGAUCGGAAAGCGGCCAGAGACCAUUUUAUGUGAGCGAGCCGGGUGGGAAGAAGCGGAGAGAAACCGUCGCAGGGACACACACGGAUAUAAAGACUUGUCUUCUGCCUCCCCCCCACUCCCUCCCCCUUGUAAAUACUAAAUCUGAGAAGGCAGCGAUUUGACAUCCACCCUGAGCAGCGGCUAUGGGGUGUUUGGGCAACAGCAAAACGGAGGAUCAGCGUAUCGAUGAGAAAGCGCAGCGAGAAGCCAACAAAAAAAUAGAGAAGCAGUUGCAGAAAGAGAGGCUGGCUUAUAAAGCGACACACCGCUUGCUGCUGCUGGGGGCUGGUGAGUCAGGAAAAAGCACUAUUGUGAAACAAAUGCGAAUCCUACAUGUCAAUGGAUUUAAUUCAGAAGAAAAGAAACAGAAAAUACUGGAUAUUCGGAAAAACGUUAAAGAUGCGAUUGUGACUAUAGUUUCAGCUAUGAGCACUUUAAUACCCCCAGUUCCAUUGGCCAACCCAGAAAACCAAUUUCGAAUGGACUACAUCAAGAGUAUAGCUCCUCUUUCUGACUUUGACUAUACACAGGAGUUCUUUGAACAUGCAAAAAAGCUCUGGGAUGAUGAAGGUGUAAAGGCGUGCUUCGAGAGGUCAAACGAAUAUCAGCUGAUUGACUGCGCACAGUACUUUUUAGAAAGAAUUGACAGCGUCAGCAUGGAUGACUACACACCCACAGAUCAGGACCUAUUAAGAUGCAGAGUGUUGACAUCAGGGAUUUUUGAAACAAGAUUUCAAGUAGAUAAAGUAAAUUUCCACAUGUUUGAUGUAGGUGGCCAGAGAGAUGAGAGAAGAAAAUGGAUCCAAUGCUUUAAUGAUGUCACAGCUAUCAUCUUCGUUGUGGCUUGCAGUAGCUACAACAUGGUAAUAAGGGAAGACAAUAACACAAACAGACUACGGGAAUCCCUGGACCUUUUCAAAAGUAUCUGGAAUAAUAGGUGGUUACGGACCAUUUCUAUCAUUUUAUUCUUGAAUAAACAGGACAUGCUGGCUGAAAAAGUCUUGGCAGGGAAAUCAAAAAUUGAAGAUUACUUUCCUGAAUACGCGCAUUAUACCGUACCUGAGGAUGCAACACCAGAUGCAGGAGAAGACCCCAAAGUCACAAGAGCCAAGUUCUUCAUCCGGGAUGAGUUUUUAAGGAUAAGUACAGCAAGCGGAGACGGCCGGCAUUACUGCUACCCACACUUCACAUGUGCAGUGGACACAGAAAACAUCCGCAGAGUGUUCAACGACUGCCGAGACAUCAUUCAGAGGAUGCACCUCCGCCAGUACGAACUCUUGUGAGGGGGAUCACCGUGGAACCUGUGGUUUUAAAUUCUUUGCUCCUUACUCUUUCUCUUGAUACUACCCCACACAGGGUGGAAGAAUAUACUAUAGAAAUGUCAGUCUCUUCACUUUGUUUACUUUUAAUUGUUUAACCUUAAAGCUGAUUUGAAGCAAGUUUGGGUUAUUUUCCCUUCCUGCUUUUUGGGACUAUUUUUGUGCUUUAUUUUGACAUGCCACUUCUUCGUCAUUCCACUAAGCCCUUUGGCUACCUCUGUUCCCUUAGGUUUUUGUUUUUUUAAAACUGAACGUGACCUGCUAAAUUUUUUCCAGUGGGUUAACCUCAGUUCAGACCGGUAUGUCAUCUGGAUGACACUGAAGUCAUACCUAUCCCUCUGUGUGGGUUUCCUUUUUAACAUGACAUUGAAGAGUACUUGAUGGGUGAAAAAAAGAUUAAUGCACUUUGUAUCAGGUUAUUAAAUACUGUUGAGGAAGUAGACACACAAUGUAGCAGCACCACAAUAUUUAUUACUCUGUCACAGUUUUUAGCAUUUCUGAGUUGCAGGUCAACUGAUAAAGUGACCUCCUCUUUUAAGCCGUUACUGGCACAGGAAGUAGAGUAGAUAAUGAGAGGAACAGUGAAGACAAAGCAAUUUUUCUGGGGUUUUGGAGCUAAGUGUCUCUGCACACCUCAGGCAUUUGAAUUACAGCUACUUUUCAGCCUGUUGCAUCUAGGCAGAAAAUUUACCACCCCUCACUUAUGUUAUUUGUGCUGUCCACAAAUGAUCCUUUUAGUUCCGAUCAUUCUUGGACAACAGUCCUCUCCCUAUAUAUAUUUUUUUGUUUUACUGCUGGUUUAUUAUAUUGUACAGACUGUAAAAUGUAAUAUUAUUUUGUACAACUUUAUUGAAGAAAAAUACUUGUAGAAGAUCUUUGUGCCUUGAUUAUGGCUGUACCUGUAAAAUGAGCUAAGAUGUAAGUAUGUUUUUGAUUGCGCUGUACAGCUUGAUGUCAACCUUACCUGCAGCAGUGACUGGAGGUAAGAACUUUAUCUGUAGAGUUUAGGGGUUUUUUUCUGGUUUAUAUAAAGAUGCUCUUUAGUAUAAAAAUUAUAAAUUAUGCAAAUUAACCACUUACCUUUCCAAGUAAGGUAUUACAGUCACCGGAUGUUGCAGCAAACAUGCCUUUCUCUUUUGAAGUCUCAGCUUUAAAACAUUGGAAUUCAUUCAAGUGUCCAAAUUGCAACCUGGUGUUGUUUUAAUGGGAAGCAAGGAUUUUUUUCUUUUUUUUUCUUUCUUUUUUUUUUUUUUCUUUUUGUCCUUUAUAUUUAGAAAAUAUGUUUGGUAAUUCUUUGGUCAUUCAUAGAAGUUCACAAUUGCACAGACCGAUUGUGAAUGUGUAAAGCACCAUUAUAUAGAGCUCUUCAAUCUUUGUACCAACAGCGGCUUUCAUUGUGCAAGUAAAUAGCAAGAAAGAAGAUAAGAAAAAAAAAAAGGUGUAUAAACCCUUGUGUCUGGCCUAAGAGAAUUACAAGAUGACAUUUUUAUUUCUCUUUUAAUAAAGAGACACAUUAGAAAAUUAUUUUAUUUUAAAUAUUGUAGAAUCAAAAUGUGUGAAUAUUUCUCAAACUUGAAUAAUUUAUGCAAAUGACAUUCUCAAAACAAGUUGUGGUACAGUACAAUAUAUAAAAAGCAAGAAUUGCUGUAGCAAUAAGGCAUGUCCUUUUUAGUAACUAUAACACUGCUUUAUAUUUUAUACAUAGGUGUUUUAUGUCUGUGACUAUAUACUUUUCCUGUGUCCAAGAUAACCUGUACAAAUGUCUAAAAUUACAGUUGCAAUAACAGAAA